AUGGAGCGGCCUGACAGACGAGGAAUUGAAAUCACACCUGCAUCGAAUUUCUCUUCUCUGCAGCGUGAGCAAGCAUGGCCGCUAGGAGAGUUUCCCUGUAUCGGCCUUUGGAUGUUUCUGCUCCCGGGCAUCGCAGCCUUUCCCCAAUUCCCCCAGAUCCUCGAAUUUGCUCGUCGGCCAGAGAGCCGAAUCGUAGAUCUCGGGUGUGGACUCGGUCAGGAUCUGCGAUUACUGGCCGCACAUGGCAUACCUACGGAGCGCAUGUGGGCGCUGGAUCUGGAGCCCCAUCUAUGGAGGCUGGGCUUUGAGCUAUUUCGGGAUGAGGGGCGGUUGCAAGCCUCGUUCAUUCACGCGAAUUUUCUCGAGGCCGACGUGAAUGACGAUGAUCGAUUUGCUCCGCUGAUGGGCCAAACAGACUUGGUCCUAGCGUCGCAGUUUCUGCAUCUGUUUGACUGGGAUGGUCAGAUUGCGGCCAACCAGCGAAUCGUCGCGCUAUCUAAGCCCGGCACUAUGCUCGUGGGGUUUCAGCAAGGACGCAAACAAGCAAGAGCCUACAUCCGCCCCUGGGGCAUGAUGUAUUACCAUAAUCGGGACUCGUUUCUGCGCAUGUGGGAGACGAUUCAGCAGCAGACCAACACACGGUGGACGAUCGACGUCAGUGCAGUUGCAUUGCAGCAGUGGGGGAUGCAAGAUGAGGAUUUGGAAUGGAUGCCCGAAGAUCGCAUGGGAUUAAACUUUGUCAUGACGCGAGAGACGUGA